AUGAGUGUGAUCAACCCGACCCUUCGCCAGCUGCAGACCCCCAAUAUCCCGACCAACCUGGUCCAGGCCCGCAUCUUGCAGCAAGAGGCGGAAAAACGGAAAGCCGAGGAACUGGCCAAGAUCCCUAUCACCGCAAACUUGCGGCAGGUGAAGAAGAUCCAGGCCGUCCUUGUCUCGGACGAUGAAGAUGAUGACCCUAAAGCAGGAAGAUCGUCUUCGGCCGGUUCUUCGGCGUCCUCUUCACUCAGCGCAGGGACUUCGACAAGACCUCGAUCCAAGACUGCGACGGCGACAUCACAGACUUCGGUGCCUGUGUCAGUCUUGGUGGGCGGAAAGCGACGAGGCGAUCGGAACCAUGUCGAGCCUGUUGCGAUCCCGAAGCGAUUGGCGGAUCAGGUCGAGCACAUCUUGGGACGCAAGCUUGCAGGCAAGGGAAGCGUCCUAGACGAGCGCGAGCAAGAGCGCGAGGAGGAAGAAGCGCGAAAGGCAGCCGAGCCAUUGCCGCCCAUUGUCCUGGGCAAACCGCGCAAGCGUGCCGUCACAUCAGCCCACAUCCGCAACCUGGUCUCAUCGUGGGAUACCAAGGUCGAAGAAGCCAAGGAACUGACCUCAGAGGCCGAACGGAUCCGACUCUUCUUGGAGGCACGCAGUACGGCGCACGCAGAAAUGCCCAAGCCUAAAGUGGCCCCUACUGCUGAAGAGUUGUUGAGACCCCUUCCCGCUCUCCCACCACCUCCUACACCCUCGGAACUCCAUCAACUGCUGGUCAAUGGUGGAGUGGCUUCCUCAGGUUCUAAUUUGGAUGUUGCUGGUGGAAGCAUUGGAAGGCGACGUGGAAGGACUGUGGCGACUUCGAAUGGUACUGGUAGCAGUAGGUCGUUUGGACAUUCGAAGGGCGCCAGUGUUGCGUCUGCUUCUCCGUCGACGUCAGCACAGCCGCUGCAAAAGACAAAGAUCCUGUUGUCUACGCCCUCUCAGAGCAGUUUUGUUUCUACGACCACUACGUCAAGUAGUGACAAGGGAGCUAAGCUCUUGGAACAGGUACCAGACCAGAAGGAUACGGAGGCGUUGGACACGUCAAAGAGGACAGGCGAGUUGUUGGUCAGCAAGACGGCAAUCAAUCGACCCCGUCGUAAGCGCAACCCUACCAUCACCCAAGAAGCUAUGUAA